CUGACCGGCGGGCGCCAGACGCCGUGGCUCCCAGUUCGCGAGUGCAGCUGCGGCGGCGCGGGCCUCUCACGGCGACACUCCCCCCCCGCCCCGCGCGCCCCUCCCCCACCCCGCACCGGGAUCCGGACCGACUGCGCGCGAGCUCGCGGCCCCUUCCCUGGCGCUGAGCGAGGAGCGAAGCUGCGGUGACGAGCGGCGGCUGCGCGGCCAUGGGCGCGCCCGGGUCGCCCUAGGGCGGGCGCGCGGAGACCGAAGCCCGAGCGGCAGUCUCGGCAGCGAGCCCUCUCGGGCGGCGGCGGCAGCGGCGGCAGGAGCAGCGCAGCCGGGAUGAGCGGGAGCGGCGCGGCGCCCGGCCCGGGCUCGGGCUCCUCCCCGGCAGCCUGCCGUUUCGCGCACUACUUCGUGCUGUGCGGGAUCGACGCGGACAGCGGCCUGGAGCCCGACGAGCUGGCGGUUUUGUACCAAUGGCUAGAAGCAGAUCGUCAUGGCAAGAGCCAAGAUGCUGCAAAUACGACUUCAGGUGAAAAUUUUGACCAGAGUCCUUUGAGAAGAACAUUCAAAUCCAAAGUUCUGGCCCACUAUCCUCAGAAUAUAGAAUGGAACCCUUUCGAUCAAGAUGCAGUAAACAUGUUGUGCAUGCCUAAAGGGCUAUCUUUCAGAACACAAACUGACAAUAAAGACCCUCAGUUCCACUCAUUUAUAAUUACCCGGGAAGAUGGUUCUCGUACCUACGGUUUUGUUCUCACUUUUUAUGAAGAAGUUACAAGUAAGCAAAUCUGCACAGCAAUGCAGACGCUCUACCAGAUGCACAACGCAGAGCAUUACAGCAGCUUGUACGCUUCAUCCUCCUGCAGCAUGGACUCACUGGCAAGCAGUAUUGACGAGGGAGAUACAACUUCCCUUUUGAAACUCCAGCGAUACAACUCUUAUGACAUCAGCAGAGACACCCUGUAUGUUUCAAAAAGUAUAUGUUUGAUCACACCACUGCCUUUCAUGCAGGCCUGCAAGAAAUUCCUUAUCCAGCUUUACAAGGCAGUUACCUCACAGCAGCCACCGCCCUUGCCGCUUGAGAGCUACAUCCAUAAUAUUCUCUAUGAGGUGCCCCUUCCUCCUCCAGGGAGAUCACUGAAAUUUUAUGGUGUUUAUGAACCCGUCAUCUGUCAGAGGCCGGGCCCCAGUGAACUUCCUCUCUCCGAUUACCCGCUCCGAGAGGUCUUCGAGCUCCUGGGCCUGGAGAACUUGGUACAGGUGUUUACCUGUGUUCUUUUAGAGAUGCAGAUCCUUCUCUACUCACAAGAUUAUCAACGCCUGAUGACUGUGGCGGAAGGCAUCACCACACUUCUGUUCCCAUUUCAGUGGCAACAUGUUUAUGUGCCCAUCCUCCCUGCUUCUCUGCUACAUUUUCUUGAUGCUCCUGUCCCUUAUCUGAUGGGCCUUCAGUCAAAAGAAGGAACUGACCGUUCUAAGCUAGAACUUCCUCAAGAGGCUAAUUUGUGUUUUGUGGAUAUUGACAACCAUUUUAUUGAGUUGCCUGAAGAAUUUCCACAGUUCCCCAAUAAAGUAGAUUUUAUCCAGGAACUCUCUGAAAUUCUUCUUCAAUUUGGGAUCCCUCCUGAGGGCAGCCUACAUUGUAGUGAGAGUGCCACCAAGCUAAAGAAUCUGGUUCUGAAAGACUUGGUCAAUGACAAGAAGAAUGGCAACGUCUCUGCUAAUAACAUUAGCAUGUAUGAGUUACUGAAGGGCAACGAAACCAUAGCCCGCCUCCAGGCUCUAGCCAAGCGGACUGGUGUGACCGUGGAAAAAAUGGACCUCUCUGCCUCUUUGAGUGAAAAAGAAAAAGAUUUAAAACUGCAGUGUGAAGAGGCAGAACUAAGGGACUACCAGCUCAACGUACAGCUCCGAGAGGUCUUUGCUAACCGCUUUACACAGAUGUUUGCAGAUUAUGAAGCGUUUGUGAUUCAGACUGCCCAGGACAUGGAAUCUUGGCUGACCAACCGGGAACAGAUGCAGAACUUUGACAAAGCUUCCUUUCUGUCUGACCAGCCAGAACCUUACCUGCCAUUUCUUUCACGCUUCAUUGAAACACAGAUGUUUGCCACCUUUAUUGAUAAUAAAAUUAUGUCUCAGUGGGAAGAGAAAGAUCCUUUGCUUCGAGUCUUUGACUCUCGGAUUGAGAAGAUAAGACUGUAUAAUGUAAGGGCACCCACCUUGAGGACAUCUAUAUAUCAGAAAUGCAGCACUUUAAAAGAAGCAGCCCAAUCAAUUGAGCAACGACUGAUGAAAAUGGAUCACACUGCAAUCCACCCACAUCUACUUGAUAUGAAAAUUGGUCAAGGCAAAUAUGAGCAAGGGUUCUUUCCAAAGUUACAGUCUGAUGUCUUGGCAACAGGACCAGCUAAUAACAAUCGCUGGGUAAGUCGGAGUGCCACUGCACAGCGCCGGAAAGACCGCCUUCGCCAACAUUCCGAGCACGUUGGGCUGGACAACGACCUGAGGGAGAAAUACAUGCAAGAGGCACGAAGUUUAGGAAAAAACCUGAGGCAACCCAAAUUGUCAGACCUCUCUCCUGCAGUGAUUGCACAAACCAACUGGAAAUUUGUAGAAGGCUUAUUAAAAGAAUGUAGAAUGAAGACAAAACGCAUGUUGGUGGAAAAGAUGGGACACGAAGCAGUGGAACUGGGCCAUGGGGAAGCAAACAUAACCGGCUUGGAGGAGAACACCCUGAUCGCCAGCCUCUGUGACCUGCUGGAAAGGAUCUGGAGCCAUGGCUUGCAGGUCAAGCAGGGGAAGUCAGCUUUGUGGUCACAUUUAAUUCAGUUUCAGGACAGAGAAGAGAAACAAGAGCACCUUGCAGAAUCACCAGUUGCCCUUGGACCAGAAAGAAGAAAAUCUGACUCAGGAGUUAUGUUGCCAACACUCAGGGUCUCUCUUAUCCAAGACAUGAGGCAUAUUCAAAACAUGAGUGAGAUCAAGACUGAUGUCGGACGAGCUCGAGCAUGGAUAAGAUUGUCUCUAGAAAAGAAGCUCUUGUCCCAGCAUCUCAAGCAGUUGCUCUCUAACCAACUGCUCACAAAGAAGCUUUAUAAACGUUAUGCUUUUCUACGUUGUGAAGAAGAAAGAGAGCAGUUUCUUUACCAUCUUCUUUCCCUCAAUGCUGUGGACUAUUUCUGCUUCACCAGUGUGUUCACCACUAUCAUGAUUCCGUAUAGGUCAGUGAUCAUUCCCAUUAAAAAGCUAAGCAAUGCAAUCAUCACAUCGAACCCUUGGAUCUGUGUAUCAGGAGAACUAGGAGACACGGGAGUAAUGCAGAUUCCCAAAAAUCUCCUCGAAAUGACUUUUGAAUGCCAGAACCUGGGGAAGCUGACUACUGUUCAGAUUGGUCACGAUAACUCAGGACUGUUAGCCAAAUGGCUAGUGGAUUGUGUCAUGGUCAGAAAUGAAAUCACAGGACAUACAUACAGGUUCCCAUGCGGGCGGUGGCUGGGGAAAGGCAUUGAUGAUGGAAGCCUGGAGAGAAUUCUCAUUGGAGAACUGAUGACGACAGCAGCAGAUGAGGACCUGGUGAAGCAGUGUCGGACUCCACCCCAGCAGAAAUCACCCACCACGGCCAGGAGACUAAGCAUCACCUCACUGACGGGAAAAACUACCAAACCCAAUGCUGGACAGAUCCAAGAAGGAAUUGGAGAAGCUGUGAACAAUAUUGUGAAACAUUUUCACAAACCUGAAAAAGAGAGAGGAAGCCUCACUGUGUUGCUGUGUGGAGAGAGUGGCUUAGUUGCAGCACUUGAGCAAGUUUUCCACCAUGGCUUCAAAUCUGCUCGCAUCUUUCACAAGAACGUCUUCAUCUGGGACUUCAUAGAGAGAGCAGUUGCUUAUUUUGAAACAACUGACCAGAUUCUAGACAAUGAAGAUGAUGUCCUCAUUCAGAAAUCAUCCUGCAAAACCUUCUGCCACUAUGUAAAUGCUAUUAAUACUGCGCCCAGGAACAUUGGGAAGGACGGCAAAUUCCAGAUUUUAGUUUGCCUUGGAACACGGGAUCGCCUGCUCCCACAGUGGAUUCCACUGUUAGCCGAGUGUCCUGCCAUCACCCGAAUGUACGAGGAGAGCGCCCUCCUGCGAGAUCGCAUGACCGUCAACUCCCUCAUCCGCAUUCUGCAGACCAUCCAGGACUUCACCAUAGUCUUAGAAGGCUCACUCAUCAAAGGAGUGGAUGUGUAACCCAAUUAGCUAGAAACUCUCAGUCCAGACCCCUUGUUCCUGAACCUUCCCCAACGAUGGGGACCGAUUUGGACUUGUCUGACAAGGUAGUGAGUCACUGCAGGGGGCAACACACCGUAUCCCCCAAUUUGAACAAUCCUGACACUACAGACAAGGUAAAAUGCUGUAUUGUAGUUCAUUUGAACCUGGAAUUUAGUAUAAAAUAGAGUAUUUUCAUGUGUUAGAUGUGUGUAAAUAUGCUCUCUUCUUUGAGAAAUUAUAUUACUCUAAUAAGAUAACUUUUCUUAGAUUGAAUAUUCCUGUGACUUAAAAUAAGUAGCUUAAAAGUAUUGGGAGUUGGGGGGGAGAGGAGAAAGAGUGGUGCUAGUCAGGAAGAAGCCAGUAAACAUGUAAAUACAGUGCAACCGAGUGGGGCUUUUUUUUUCCUCCAGGUAUCACAAAGGAACUCAGAAUGCAUUGUUAUGUCGUAACCAGCCGUCCUGGUGUCUGAUCCUUUGUAUUGUGAAUGUAAACAGCUUUACCUACUGUAGGGGAUAGUAGCCCUCACUUAUAGCUUUUAAGUUUCACAUGGUUUCAUACGUUUGAAUUGAGCCACUUUUCCAGUCUUUUGGAAAAAUUUUUCCGUCAGCACAAGAUAUGAUUCAAAUAUUUUAAAUACUGUACCCCAGGAGCUUGGCUAAACUGGAAAGAGAACACACAAAGCCCUGAGAAGUGUGUUAACUUGUGGGAUUAUAACUUCUUUACACUUUGGAAAGAUUAGCCUAGACUAACUUCAUUCUUGGCAUUUUUAUUCUUGUUAUUUGAGGUACUUUGGGGAGAUGUGAAUUUCAGAGUGUUGGCCUCAUGGUCUUAAGAACUGCAAACAGCAGUUUGAUUCUGUACUUUUAAUUUGGCCAUCUCAACCCUGCAGUGGUCCCUUACCUCUUAAGGAUAACCACAAACACUGUCUUUGUUUGGUUCCAAUCACCCGCCUCCCCUCGCCCGGUGCCCAUCCCCCCUCAGGAAAUGGAAAGAAUGUUUAAGAAGGAGGAGGGCUCUGUGUGGCUUGGAAUGUUUUUGUGAAAGUAUUUGUUGACCAUGAUAAUGCAAAUAACAGAAGAAGAGAGAAAGAAUGAACCCUUUCUGGGUGUUUCAGGGCAAGCUUUAUGUUCUUUUGUAAGCAGGGGUGAAAAUGUAAAACAACUGGCCCAGAGAAGGUACAGGCCAGUACUGACAAAAUGGAAGCAAAACAAGAGGCAACAGUUUUAGAAGACCAAACAUUGUGAGUAACUUUCCAGUUUGGUAUUUUUUAAGGCAGUUAAAUAAAUUUGGUAUUAGCUCGUUACCUUAAGUCUUCAUCUUACGGUCAGUCCUGUAAGUCUAAUUAGGCAUUUGCAUCUUGUUAGCAGGGAAAUUGCCUCAGCAGAGCUCCAGAUUUUAUUCCCAGUUGUGGCUGAGAAACAAAGCCAUGGCCUCUCAGGACCCUUGUGUAAUCUGAGGGUCCAGGCUUUAGCCAAUAGCGUUGUUUACCUUUUUUCCUGGAAGAAGAAACUAAUGAAACAAGUGCCUCACUCCCUUUAUCAAACACUGUAUUCAGCCAAGGCACACGCGCUUUUAAUACGAGACUGAGUACUUGAGGAGGGUAGGGAGAGUUGAAGGCAGCAUUUAGAAACCCGUGGAAAGGGUUUAAGAAGAUGGUUCUGGGUGACCUGGGUGGACCAGAAAUUUGUUUGCCUACAGCUAAAGUUUGUCCACAGUGAUAUGGCUGUUCCAGGGACAUGGAAAGUCUGUUAUGGGAGCCAUCCAGCACCAGUUUCACACUAGGCACUUACUGUUUCAAUGAUGAGAAACCAUAGCGUGAUCCAAUCCCGGAUUUUGUUCUUGUUACCUUUUCCAAAGGCCAUGCUUGUGACACAUUCUGGGCAAACAGAGAGAUGGCUUAGGUUAGCAGGCUAGAAUUGAGUCAUCUAGUCUAGCCUUCUCAUUUUACAGAUGGGAACACUUAAGGGUCAGAGAGAUUAAAUACUUACCCGCACACCUGGGCAGUGACAACACAGAGUCUAGAAUUCAUGUUUUUUAUUACACCAGGCUGCAUGAGACUGGCCUUCAAGGCAUUCAUAUUAAUAGCCUUUCUCCCCUUGGUUGUUUAUUCAUCCACCUAUAUAGGUAGCACAGGGAUUAAUAUUCAUUUUAACAAGUUGUCCUUAAGUUAUAGAGAAUUACACCUAUUAUAAAAAGUAGGAGCAGGAAUUCUCUGGCGGUCCAGUGGUUAGGCCUCCGUGCUCUCACUGCCAAGGGCCCGGGUUUGAUCCCUGGUCAGGGAACUAAGAUCCCACAAGCCUCACGGCGCAGCCAAAAAAAAAAAAAAAACUAGGAGCAAAAUUGGAUUUCGGACCUGUGAAUAAAACCAUUACUUUAAAAAGUAAUACCUGCCCAAA